AGGAACAAGCACAAGUCAAAAAGUGCCCUCUGUUCUACGUAAUUCUUCUCUCAAAAGCUCUCCAAUGGCAGCAGCAGCAGCAGCUUCAUCUUCUAACUCCGUUUCAAAUUCCGUGUCUUCCGUCACUCCUCCUCCUCCUCCUCCUCUACCCAAACAAGAACAACAGGGUAUUUCGAGUGUAAAUAAGGUUUCUGAUGAGCAAAACAAAGGAUCCAUCAAAGACCCAUUUGAGGAUAUUGAUAACAAGGAACAAAUUGAUAAAUUUCAAAAGUACGAGGCUGAUUAUAAACGUUACCUGAUGUCAAAAUACUUCUCAGACAAAACUAUUUUUGGAGGCAAUAUAUUUGAUGUGAAGAUGAAUAUAGAUGGCCAGACCAUAACAGCAAGCAGGUUGCCUCCGUACCAGUCCUACUUAGAUCCAGCAAGUUUUGAUGAAUUGAACGACAAAGGUCCGACUACAGCAACAGCUGAGACCCCAACAGAUAGCACUUCAAAUGGGAAGCCCUCAACAAACACAAGUGGGAACUCCUAGAUGUGCGUGCUUGAAUCCAUUUUGAGUCGUAUGUGAAAAUGAAUAGCGAAUAGUGAAGACUAACAUGUUUAUCUGGACUCCUACGUCUAUUUUUGAAUUUAUGACCGUUGCAUGUACUAGUGGGUUAUCCUUUCUGUUAUGCUGCUAAGCAUCAUGUUUCUGAUAUAUGUGGUGUUUGAAUGUACAAUUUUAUUUAGGCUUCUGCGGAGAUUUUAAUAUAUGCAUGGUGCUGGAUUGAAGAGCUAGAAAGUGCCCAAUGGUACAUAUUGCGAUCAUUUUAACGUCUGUAAUGAUUUUUUGGUAGACGCAAAUGAAGAAGUUGGUUAAAAACAA